AUGGGCGGUAUUGGUAUCUGGUGCAUGCAUUUCAUUGGAAACCGAGCUAUUGUCCUCGGGCAUGGAGCGAAGGAUAUUCAGAUCCUUUAUAACGUCGCCUUCACCGGUACAUCAUUUGUGCUUCCCGUCAUCGUGCUACUGACGGCAUUCUACUCCGUUGGUGUUGAAGAAAAAGCCGGCUAUUUGCGCAUCUUGAUUGGAGGUUGGUUGACUGGAAGCGCUGUGUGCGGUAUGCACUAUGUGGGACAAUUGGGUAUCGCAAAUUAUAAGUGCUCUUAUGCCGUCGCCAACGUGGUUGGAUCUGCUAUCAUUGCUGUAUUCUCCAGCACCGUGGCUUUGGGUAUCUUCUUCCGAUGGAGGGCGACUUGGACGGAUAGCUGGUGGCGACGAGGGAUCUGUGCUUGUUGCCUUUCGGCUGCUGUGUCGGGCAUGCACUGGACGGCGGCGGGGGGCACUUCGUAUCGAGAGCGUGAUGAGUCGAUUCAGCAUGGCACUCAAUUAUCUCGCAGCCAAGUCGUUAUUAUCUGCGCCGUACUAGCCUGCGUCUCCUGCGUGAUUUUGUCCGCCUGUGCAAUCGUUGCUGGUGGUAAUCGACGACGAUCGACUACUCGAGCGCACCAACUCGUUUUGGCCUGCGCCUACUUUGAUCCAACUGGACGUGUGAUGGUUACACCGCAUGCCCUUCUACCGACACGAAAGAUUGUCGAUCACUAUAUCGGCCGAACCUUCAAAGACGACGACCUCACUCGCACUCAUCCCACUUUCCUAUGGGCUUUCAGGGCUAGCCGUAAUUGGCCUGUUGUCAAAGACCUCAUUCCUUUCAUGCGAAACCGCCUCGAAUCCGAAGGGCAAGCCAUCCAGAAACAUGUGUUAUCCCGCGGAGUUGUCAUGGAUAAGGAGACCGAGCUACAAACGGAUUUCGAUACCUUGUUCAAACAACUUUUCUGUGUCACGGCCCAGGAGCUUUCAGACGAACUUCGCCAACCUCUGUCUGACCUGGGAACCCUCUAUGACAAUGUGCUGUCCACCGCUAUUCCCGUCUCUCGACUAUCACGCGCUGUGGGCCGCUCAUCGCUGCGGACUGGUAAAGGUCAAUUGAUAUUUAGUGUUCGGCAAUUGCAGAAGCAUGAAGCCAACCGUUUUGCCUCGCUGGGAUUCCGAUUCGCAACCAUCGAACAUGUCACAUCAACCAUGUCCCGCCGUAUCCACGUCCCCGAAGCGACUUUGGGGGAGCAUCUUCGCGAUAUGCGUGAUUAUGCAAGCUCGAGUCGUGGCUUCGGAGAAGGUGUGCAUCUCAUUUCUUAUGUGAUGCGACCAACCGUCCAAGAUCACUUUGAAAUUCUCACCACCAAAGGAACCGGAAACCCACUUCCUUCAUCUACACUUCUAAUUAAGCGUCUCUCUGUGCAGCAUCUCGAUCUGAUUUCCCACAUGGAUGGCUGGUCCAUGAUUACAUGUCUGAAAUACCUCCAAUCGAAAGCCGCGCAACAGACUGAUAAAAGCAUGGAAGCAUUCCGUGAGCAGCUAGUCCUCGGCAUCAUGACGCUCGCCAAAUCCUUCCCAGAGGAGAUGCGUUCAGCCGCAACCUUCUCGUCAAGACCUCUUCUCGCGCCGUGCCGGACUGCCAUUCGACGAUCCGAAGAACACCAGCACGCUUCCCAAUGUACCCUUCUUACAUUCUGUGUCGUCGCACCCCUCGACACCCAAGUACCCAAUCCCGACUUCACCUUCACCCCAUUCCGCCUCUUCCGUGUACAGCAACAGGUCAACGACGUUAUCGCUGAUCGAGACGGGUUCUCGCGCGAGCUAAACCAGGAAUUCUUCUGCACGGAUGUUCGCUCCAAUUCCUCAGUCACCGAAUCAGAUGUCAUGUCAGCCACACGCUCGACUAUCUUGAAACUCUGGCCCACGCGCAAACACCAACCACCUCCUUCCGGUCACUCCCAGGAGUCGCUCGUCGAGACUAACACAGUUCUGGGCGAUAUCACCGUCCAGAAAGAGGUUCGCGUCGAUGUCACCCGGAUUAAUGAGAAUGCUGCACAAAACGUGGGACAUACGCAUGAUGCGGUCAUUGCUGCUGGGGAUGCUAUUACUACUCCCGCGACGUACGUCGAUGAGUUGUAUAGUCUCUGCUAUGCGCCGGGCAUUCGUUUGCGGCCGGAUUCGUCGCUGCACGCAAUGGCAGUGGCUCGCCAUACUCAAUUGUCAUGA